CUCUUAUCACCAACCCCCCCUUUGCGGAUUCCCCCCUCUCGCUCGCUUCAUAUUAUAAGAAUGCCAGCCGCAGCCGCUAACAACAACACAAAGAGCACCAUUGAGGUAAAGAAGUUUACCGCUUUGGCUGCCACCGCUUCCCCUUCCGAGGCUCAGUCUACCAAGGCUAAGGAGCUCCUCGCCAAGCUUGCUGGUGCCUCCGAUGCCGACCGUGAGGCCCUUGCUGACGAGCUCGCUGCUCUCAUCAACGCCAACGGUGUCCUGUCUCUCAAGCAGUUCAACAACCUCGCCAACAAGAAGUCUCUUGCUGCCCGUCAGGCUGCUGUUGCCAUCAUCUCUGCCUUGACCACCAAGAGCAUCAACGGUCAGGCCGAGCCCUACAUCUUGCCUUUCCUCUCUACUCUCAUGGAGCUCCAGGCCGACAAGUCUGCUGCCCUCAAGGUCGCUGCUGCCCAGGCCGCCAAGAACUUGGCCCUCAACGUAAACGCUAACGCUACCGCCGUCAUGGUUCCCGUCAUCCUCGAGGGUCUCGGAAACUCCUGCAAGUGGCAGACCAAGAUGCUCUCUUUGAGCCUUUUGGAUGAGCUUGCCAAGAAGAACGGUCCUCAGUUCUUCGUUGUCAUCCCCGAAGUCAUCCCCGUCGUCUCUGACUGCAUGUGGGAUACCAAGACCGAUGUCAAGAAGGCCGCUACCUCCACCAUGGGUAACAUCUGUGCUCUCGUCGAGAACAAGGAUAUCGAGCGUUUCAUUCCCGCCGUUAUCAGCUGUAUUAACCACCCCGAGAACGUUCCUGAGACCAUCCACUUGUUGGGUGCCACCACUUUCGUCCAGGAGGUCGAUUCCCCCACUCUCUCCAUCAUGGUUCCCCUUCUCAACCGUGGUUUGAACGAGCGUGCUACUCCCAUCAAGCGUAUGUCUGCCCUUAUUGUUGACAACAUGUGCAAGCUUGUCGACGAUCCCGAAGUCGCCGCUCCCUUCUUGCCCUUGUUGUUGCCUUCCCUCGACAAGGUCCAGGAGAUCGUUGCUGAUCCCGAGUGCCGUGGUGUCGUCCAGAAGGCUCUUGCCACCCUCAAGCGUGUCGGUACCUCUGACCACGAGAUCUUCUCCAAGGCCGAGAAAGCUUCCAAGGUCACCAAGACCUUCGAGGAGCUCUUGCCCGCCAAGCUCGAUGCUUUCUACGCUCCUAUCGUCAAGUACGUCGAUGACAUCGCUCUCGCUCUCUGCGUUGGACACCGUUUCUUCAAGAACGUCUGGCUCGAAUCCGUUGCCCCUUACACCGCCGCUUUCUUGUCCAAGGAAGAUGCUGAGAAGCUUGCCGUCAACGCUCUCGACAAGUGCGAGGAGGCCGUUUCUGCCAAGAUCGUCGAGGAGGAGGAUGAUGAAGGUGAAGAUCUCUGCAACUGCGAUUUCUCCCUUGCCUAUGGUGCCAAGAUUCUUUUGAACCGUACCCAUCUCCGUCUCAAGCGUGGUAGACGUUAUGGUCUUUGCGGUGCCAACGGUUGCGGAAAGUCCACUCUCAUGCGCGCCAUUGCCAACGAGCAGGUCGAAGGUUUCCCUCCCAAGUCCGAGCUCAAGACCGUCUACGUCGAGCACGAUAUCGAUGGUUCCGAGGCCGAUACUCCCCUUGUUGACUUCGUCAUUGCCUCCGAGGGUGUUGAGACCAAGGACCGUGUCCAGGUUGCCAAGAUUCUCCGCGAGUAUGGUUUCACUGAGGAGAUGGUCACUACCAUGCCCAUUGGUGCUCUUUCCGGUGGAUGGAAGAUGAAGUUGGCUCUUGCCCGUGCCAUGUUGAUGAACGCCGACAUUCUCUUGUUGGACGAACCCACUAACCAUUUGGAUGUUGUCAACGUCGCCUGGUUGGAGAACUACCUCUUGGGUCUCAAGACUGUCACCUCCAUCAUCGUCUCCCACGACUCUGGUUUCCUCGAUCACGUCUGUUCCGAUAUCAUCCAUUAUGAAGCCAACUACAAGCUCAAGCGUUAUGGUGGUAACUUGUCUGAGUUCGUCAAGAAGGUCCCCAAGGCUGCUUCCUACUACUCUCUCGAUGCUACCCAGAUCCGUUUCGCUUUCCCCGAGCCCGGAUACCUUGAGGGUAUCAAGACCAAGGAGCGUGCCAUUCUCAAGAUGAAGAACGUUGACUUCCAGUACCCCAACACCGCCAAGAAGCAGUUGUAUGACAUUACCAUGCAGUGCUCCCUCGCCUCCCGUGUUGCCGUCAUUGGUCCCAACGGUGCCGGAAAGUCUACCCUCAUCAAGUUGUUGACCGGUGAGAUUGAGUCCGAAAUCGGUACCGUCUGGAAGCAUCCUAACUUGCGUAUUGCCUACGUUGCCCAGCACGCUUUCCACCAUAUCGAGAGACACUUGGACAGCACCCCCAACGAGUACAUCCAGUGGCGUUAUGCCUCCGGUGAGGACAGAGAAGAGCUCGAGAAGAAUGAUCGCAUGAUCAACGAGGAGGAGCAGAAGGCUAUGGCCCAGACCUUUGUCAUCGAUGGUGAGAAGCGCGUUGUUGAGGAGUUGGUCGGUCGUCGUAAGCUCAAGCAGUCCUACGAGUACGAAGUCUCCUGGAUUGGCCGUUCUUCCGUCGAUAACACCUGGAUCUCCCGUCAGAAGCUCGAGGCCAUGGGUUUCGGUAAGAAGAUUGCUGAAGUCGAUGCCAAGGAAGCCGCCAAGAUGGGUCUCAACCGUCCUUUGACUGCCAAGGAAAUCGAGAAGCACUUGACCGAGGUUGGUCUUGAUCCCGAGUUCGCCACUCACUCCCGUAUCCGUGGUCUCUCUGGUGGACAGAAGGUCAAGCUUGUCAUUGGUGCUGCCAUGUGGAACAAGCCUCACAUGUUGGUUCUUGAUGAGCCUACUAACUACUUGGAUCGUGAGUCUCUUGGUGCCCUUGCUACUGCUAUCAAGGAAUACGGAGGUGGUGUCGUUAUUGUUACUCACAACCGUGAGUUCUCUGAGGCCCUCUGUAACGAAGUCUGGAAGGUUGAUGCCGGUCGUCUUGUUGCUUCCGGUCACAACUGGGUUACUGGUAACGGUGGUGCUGCUAUCAAGGAGGAGGAAGCUGAGGACACCGUUGAUGCUCAGGGUAACACUAUUAAGGCCGUCAAGAAGAAGGAGAAGCUCUCUUCCAAGGAGCUCCGCAAGAAGAAGAAGGACAGAAUGGAGCGUCGCAAGCGUGGCGAGGAGGUCUUCACUGAUGAAGAUGAUAUCUAAAUCUUAUAGACUCUGCUUUUUAUUAUCCCACACUUACUUUUAUAUAUAUAUUUACUUUAUAUUUUCCACUACUUCUUUUUAAUCUUCCACUAGAGUUGAUUGUUUCAAAAAAAUAAAAUUGCAUUUCGUGAAAAUGAUUCUCAAACACACCAAAAGUUUCAAUAUAAAAAAAAUAAAAUAAUAAAUUACAUUG